GUGGCCAGUGGGGUGAAGCAUCCCAGGUGGCAAUCAACCCAGGCAGGCGGGCCUGGCACGGUGGGAUCCGGGGGCAGCAGGGCAGGGGGCAUAACCCAGUGGGUGAGCCAGGAUGGGCUGGGAAGGUGGUGCCUGAACAAUCUGGCCAAGGGCAGUUGAGGCUUGGGGUCAACUCUCAUGUCCCCAGGGGGCCCCCGAGUAGGCAAGGUCGUCAUGGCUGCUGCCGCCAAGCACCUGACGCCCGUCACGCUGGAGCUGGGGGGCAAGAACCCCUGCCACGUGGACGACAACUGCGACCCCCAGACCGUGGCCAACCGUGUGGCCUUCUUCCACUAUUUCAACUCCGGCCAGACCUGCGUGGCCCCCGACUAUAUCCUGUGCAGCCCCGAAAUGCAGGCUCGACUGCUGCCCGCCCUGCAGAGCGCCACCACCCGCUUCUACGGCGAAGACCCCCAGAGCUCCCCAGACCUGGGCCGCGUCAUCAGUGAGAAGAAUUUCCUGCGGCUCCGGCGCCUGCUGAGCUGUGGCCGCGUGGCCAUCGGGGGCCAGAGUGAUGAAAGCGAUCGCUACAUCGCCCGUCCUGAGCACCCGCUACGCUGUGAACAAAGCAGCCCCAGUCUCCCGGGCCGAACGGCUCAGAGGGUGACGCUGCUCCCCAGCAGGCUGGGACCCGGGACCUCAGCUCCCACGGUGCUGGUGGGCGUGCAGGAGACGGAGCCGGUGAUGCGGGAGGAAUUCUUUGGGUCCAUCCUGUCCAUCAUGAACGUGAGGAGCCUGGACGAGGCCAUCGAGUUCAUCCGCCGUCGGGAGAAGCCCCUGGUCCUGUACGCCUUCUCCAACAGCAGCCAGACAACAGCAGAAUGGGCAGCUACCACAGCAAGUUCUCCUUCGAUGCCUUCUCCCACCACCGCGCCUGCCUGCUCUCCCCCUCGGGCCUGGAGAAGCUCAAGGACAUCCGCUACUCGCCCUUUUCUGCCUGCAAACAGCAGCUGCUCAGCUGGGCCUUGGGCAACCAGCGCUGCAUCCUUCUGUGAGCACCCUGUCCAUCUCCAGUGCCCCAUCCCCACGACCCCCCUGUCCUGCUGUUUCCCAGGUGCUCAGUGGCCCCCCAAAGGCUGGUGUCCUGUCCAGGAACACAAAGAUCCUGCUCCUGGGGCUUUGUCUGAACAGACCCCUGGCUGGGCAGGACCUCUGGGACAUUAGUCCAGCCCCUUUCAGGGCCAAAGUCCUCUCUGCAGCCUCCUGACAGAUUUGUUGACCCUCUGCUUGAACAUAUCUGAUGACAGAGAACUUACCCCCAAGGUUGGGCAGCUCUGGUGGUUAGAAAAGACUCCCUCACGUCAGAUCUAUAAAUAAGCUCCCAAAAUACAGAGUGAUUUCUAACAGCUCCAGUCACACCUGGUUUGGGGAACUGGGUUUGUCUGACCUGAAGUGAUCUGAUCUUGAACUCAGGUCUGGCCAGUCGCUGGUGUUGGCCUGAA